CACAAAGUUGGCACUCCCUCUGUUCUUGCUGCUGCUGGUUCCAUUCCAACUUCCUACGCUAGCUAGCUUCAUUUGCAGGAUUAUUGGAGAUGGAGAUGCAGUCAACGACGGCCGCUGUAACUUCAGCAGAAACGCAAUCGCAGGCUGCUGCGGCGGCGGCGGGGAGUAACUUCACAUACGAGGACCCGCACGCUAUCACGGAGGGUUUCUCCGAAGAAAUCGGCCGUGGUGGUUUCGGAGUUGUUUAUCGGGUAAUAUGAACCGCUCAUCAUAUUCAUAUAUAUGCAUGUGUAUGUUUCAAACUAAUUAACGACCCUCGGUAGCGGUAGCUCGAUACGGAUAGCAGGGAAAACUGCCAAAUGGGGAAGAGGUCGCCGUGAAGAUGCUGACGGCGACGGGCCGGGACGACGAUGAGCAGCAGUUCGAGAAGGAGCUUGGAGCGGUCAGGAGUAUCCAGCACGAGAACGUCGUAGAGUUCGUCGGCUACUGCAACGCGCAUGUACUGUCGUCCACUGUUUUGUCUGAUGGACGAAGCCCUGUUUACGAGAAGAUAAGAGCCCUCUGCAUCAAGUACAUGGAGAAGAGAAGCCUCAAGAACCAUGUCGCUGGUCUUGACUGGCACUCCCGCUAUGAGAUCAUCAAGGGGAUCUGCGAGGGUUUGAACCACCUCCACAGCAAAGGCAUCGUUCACCGGGAUUUAAAGCUUGACAACAUACUCCUGGACGGUGCCAUGAGGCCCAAGAUUGCAGAUUUUGGUCUGUCCAGAUUCAUGGGCACGCAAGAAACCACCCGGAUCACGGAAAACAUUAGGCCUUGUUCGUUUCUACCGGAUUAGUGGGUCGGAACGAUUACUAGCUGGAUUGCUUCUCUAAUUUAUAUAAACUUUGAUUAGGCCCUGUUCGGUUGUUCCGGAUUGGAGCCCCGGAUUAAUUUCUAGCCGGAUUACUUCUCUAAUUUAUAUAGAUUUUGAUGAGCUGGAAUGAAUCCUGGCUCAUUCCGGUACAACCGAACAAGCCCUUAGCUGGAACGAUUCCGGGUGUAAUCCGACGUAAACGAACAAUGCCUUAUAGGGACGCCGUAAGUAGCACUGGGAGAUGGAUUAUCUCUCUCUCUGCUAUAGCUAUAUUUUUUACAUGAAAUAUAAUUAAAACAAGUUGUCAAACUAAAUAGGUAGCAGUACGUAGAGCUUUGACACUGCAUGCAGCGGGUGCAUGCCACCCGAGUUCUUCAACGAUGGGCGAGGCCAAUACUCCAAGGCGUUUGACGUAUACAGUCUGGGUACUGUGAUCAAAGAAAUAUUAGCAGGAGCUGCUGCUGUCUCCAUCUAUGGCGGCUGCGUCGUUCCCCUCGAAAAGGCAAUCGAAUACUGGGAGCAAAGGCUGGAGGAGGCAGCAGAUGUGCAGAGAUUCAAGGCCUGCGUCGAGCUAGUGCCGCUAUGCUGGGGUUUUGACAGAAAGAAAAGGCCCACGAUAGAGAGGAUUCUCGACACGCUGAACUACACAGACAUUUCAGUGCAGCAGAAAGGACGACGACAGGCCGGCGCUGACGAUCCGCAGCCGCCUGAAAAGAGUAGGCUGGAGGGAGGUGCAGGAGGCGAGCUCCGUGACAUCAACGGCAUGGAGGUGCCACACCGUCUGAAGGCGGUUUGGCUCAAGCACGGCGCUGUCGUCGACUCGCUCAAGUUCUCCUACACCGACGGCGACGGCCGCGAACACCACGCAGGCCCAUGGGGCAGUCCAGACGCCUGGGACAAGGUCCUUCAGCUGGAGCCUUACGAGUUCCUGGUCAGCGUCUCCGGGACGAUGGGCGCAUACGCGGGCCUGCCGACCAAGGUCAUCAGCUCGCUCACAUUUGUCACCAAUGUGAAGACCUACAGAACGCGCGGGGUGACCGAGGGAGAUCCCUUCGAGUUGGAAGCGCCUGCCGGGUCCUGCAUCGUUGGCUUCCGCGCGCGUGCAGGAGACUUUCUCGACGCGCUCGCUGUCUACCAUCGCCCUAUCUCUCACCGUCUCUAAUAAUCAGCCUACUUCAUCAACGCUGGCUCGGCUACUGCGAUACUUCGGCUUCCGCGAUCCUAGAUUGUUUGCUUUUCAUUCAUCUGAAAAUUACAAUGAUCAUCGGCUGCAUGCACAUUCAGGUUGUUUGAUAUAUACAUGGUUUUUUUUUUUGAAGGGAAGCAGCAUAAUCCAUGUAUAGAAAAAUGUUUUGGUCCCUCUUCCGAUUACACCACAUGGCCCAAAGCAGCCCUGCAAACAUGAAAAGAAAAAUGUUUUGG